GUUGUACUACUGAAAUUUAUUGAUGCCGGUCCGAGGAGGAUCGUGCUUCUGAGAUUAGUGUAGUAACGGUGUUUGCAAACUUGAAUUUAAAAAAAAUUUUUUAUUGCAUUUCGCAAAUAUAUGUAAAAUUGUGCUGUGAGAUUCCAGACAUUUUUUCACGACAAACAUGAACGUGAUGGAGGGUGAAUCUGUUCAGUAUUUACAAAUGUCAAGCGAUAUCGAGAUCCAAGUACUGAACGAGUGAAGUAAAUGUCGAAAGGAUAUUGAAGUUUGAUAAGAAUUUUGAAAGAAGCGAUACUUCCCUUGGCUGCCUUUAUGGACUCAAUUAUUUUAUAUUUCGAAUUUCCAUGAAAUAUUAAUACAGCGUGAAAUGGCGACAGAAAAGGAUCUAGUGAAUGCUGUAAGAGAAUCACUGAAGGCUGACGGAGACUUAGAUCGCAUAAAAGCAGAAAUGCGCACAGAAGUGAUAAAGCUGCUCGAUUGUUCCAGCAAAGAGAAUAAAUCAAAAACUGUCAAGCCGUCACACGAUAUUGUGUUCCUUAAUGAACUCAUUAGGGAGUAUCUGGAUUGGAUGGGAUAUAAAUAUAGUUCCACUGUGUUUAUCGCAGAAUGUGAUCUCCCAAAGCAUGCCUUGGAUCGUACACUUCUCACACAGGGUUUAAGAGUGAAAGACAACGAAAAGAGCAGGAACUUACCACUAUUGUGCAGUCUUGUGCAAACGUUUACCGAUUUAAAAAAAUACUUAAUUAUAAAUUCCUUGCAACAAAAGUGUAGAUCAUUUGAGAUGAGAAAAAAAUCGCGAUUUUUAAAUGCUAUUUAUUUCAUAUGCGUAUUACAUACAAGUAUGAGAGCCUUUCAUGCACAAACUGAGAUAUAGUACACAGAUUUGUAUAUUUGUUAUUUAAAUAAAGAAAAGAAAAGUCUUA